CGGCUUCGAUCAUUUAAAUAGACAGAGGACAAAACAAAAGUGUUUUUCUCUUCUGUAAAUUUCUGUCUCUCCUCACCUAUAGAUCGAUCGAAAACAUGGCCUCCGCCGGAGGAACCGUCGUGGACGGCGGCCCACAGCUCUAUUUCUGCUACCAAUGCAAUCGGACGGUCACCGUCACUCCCUCUCCCAACACCGACCUUCUCUGCCCUUCUUGCGAUGACGGCUUUCUCGAAGAAUACGAAGAUCCAAACCCUAACCCUAACCCUCAUCUACCUCUCGACCCUUUCUCUCCCUUCUCCGAUCCUCUCUCCGUCUUCCUCAGUGGUUUCCCUCUUCUCUUCUCCUCCUCUUCCAGUGACCCCCAAAACCCUAGAAACUUCCCCAACUUGUUCUCUCCAACUCGAUCGUCCUAUGCCCAAGACCCUCACAUGUUCGACCCCUACGCUUUUCUCCAGAACCACCUCGCCGCUCUCGCCGCCGGCGGUGCCAACAUCGAGUUCGUUGUCGCCAACAAUACUUCGUCGGAGCAAGGGUUUCAGCUUCCGGCGAACCUCGGCGAUUACUUCGUCGGCCCAGGGCUCGAGCAAUUGAUUCAGCAAUUGGCCGAGAACGAUCCGAAUCGAUACGGAACACCGCCGGCUUCGAAGUCUGCUGUGAAUGCGCUUCCGACCAUUACUGUUGAUGAUGGAUUGUUGAGUUCUGAAUUGGCUCAGUGUGCUGUGUGUAAAGAUGAUUUUGAGCGUGGUAUGGAUGUUAAGCAAAUGCCUUGUAAACAUGUUUACCAUUCUGAUUGCAUUGUUCCGUGGUUGGAAUUGCAUAAUUCGUGCCCGGUUUGUCGGUUUGAGUUGCCGACAGAUGAUCCUGAUUACGAGAAUCGAACUCAGAGGGAAACUGGUUUAGGAAAUACAAAUGCGGUGUCGGGCAGUGGUGACGGAGGGUCUCCAGGUCAGCGGAUGGUGGAGCGGAGGUUUAGAAUAGCGUUGCCGUGGCCGUUUGGGGCAUUUGGGUCUCCGGAGUCAAGUGGCAGUGGAGAUGGUAGCAACAGUAGCAACAAUGGUGGAGGAUCAAACCCAGGUGGUCAGCAAAAUUGAGCCUCCCAGGGUAUACAUAUGUAGAGAGAGAGCAGGAGAAGAAGAUGUUGAUUGACUACUUGACUCAAUGUGCAGCUUGCUUUGUUUUGGAUGGUGAAUUUCAUGUACUCUUGAAGCUUGCAUCAUGUGUGACAAAAGGAUGUUUGAUUACGACAGUUCGAUCUCAGAAAUCCUCUUAAAAGUGGAAGAGUGGGGAUUUCAUUGUGAAACCAUGGAUGGGUACAGGAUUUAUUACAAUGAAGACUAAGAACAACUUAAGCCUUGAUGUUGUUGCCUAAUGUACAUUAUACAAAUGUUUUUAUAUACUUCAUUAGUCUGGUGAUUGGUUUUUUUUCUUCCUUUCUUUUCUUUAUUUCUCGACUUUGAAUUUUUUUGUCAUGUUACCUAUAACCUAUCAUUGAGAUGUUUUUUGAUUGCUUUUAUCUAUUCUGAUAAAAAAUUUGAUAA